AGCAGCAACAGCAACAACAACAGCAGCAGCAACAACAGCAGCAGCAACAGCAACCACAGCAGCAGCACCAUUAUGGCAAACUGCUGCCGGUCACCGAGAACCUCGACAAUACCAUCAAUUCCUCCAUCAACGCCAAGAAUUUCAAUAUCGAGAAUAACAGGCUAGCCCAGAGCACGGCCACCGACUCGGACUUCAAGUCGAAACGACGGUCCCAGAUCAGUACCUCGAGCAGUUCCGUACCCGCGGACGGCAGUAUGCACGGAUCGACGCCAACGCCUCCGCCGCUUCCAGAGCGAACGGACAGUCUCAACAAUCGCUGCGAGGAGGGAGAACUAAGGCGGGCACCCUGGUUCCAGGCCGGCAUACCGAGGGAAAUAACGUUGGAGGUGCUGAGCCAGGAACCCGAGGGCGCCUUCAUGGUGCGCGAGAGCACGAGCAAACCCGGCUGCUACGCCCUGUCGCUGCGCGUGCCCCGCGAGUUCCAGCCAAGCGGCAUCGCCCAUUAUCUCAUCAUGCGGACCAACAAGGGUUACAAAAUAAAGGGCUUCACCAAGGAAUUCACGACGCUAACCGCCCUGAUCACACACCACUCGGUGAUGCCGGAAUUGCUACCCUGCCCGCUCUCGCUGAGCCGCUACAAUCCGAGCUUCGUCAAAACGGACUCUAACAAGGAUUUCGCCGACAUUGAUUCCGACCCGGACUACAACACCCUCGCGGACUUUCGUAAAAUGAUGGCCGACCUCAAUGUGUAG